CACUCCUGAAACUGCUUUCCAUCCGCAACAGGUAUUGUACCCCCCACUCCUGCAACCCGAAGCUGCUGUUCCCUCCAAAGAAGUAACACCUGAACCGCCCCCAGAACACCCUGAGUCAAUCCAGCUAAUGUUGGCAAUGGUUAAACAACUGAUCUUAUGUUCCAGCUGUAAUAAGACCUUCAACAGGUCCGUAAUCUGUCAGAAGUACCUUAUUCAGCUCAACAAACCCAUUCAAUGUGCAUGCGGAUGUGUAAUCUGCACACUCUGUUACAGUGAGCAACACGGUUGCCACAUGCACAGCAUCUUAUCCACACAAGGUGCUGUAAAUGUAACAGCCAGUACUCUAGCAAGUUGCCCUAGUCUUGAACAUGUAGGAGAUUGGGAUCUCGAACUCAACCCGGAUGACCGUUUCAAGACUGACAGCGAGAUGAACGGAUAUGUGCAGGAGAUCAUGAAUGAAGAGCACGCGCCUGGUGUGGAUAAGCUUCGAAUAGCUUUCAAUCAGCUCAUGAAGGCUAAUGACGGUAUGGCUUUCAAGUACUGGGCAAAUGAGAGUAUGUCAGAAGAGGUUGCAUAUAGAUAUGUAUGCAUCCCUCACAUUCCUGGCUUCUGGGAUCACGUGGUGGUAGGAACACGAGCUCGGCCUAAGAUGGAUAGGAUGAUUGGCCCAGAUAUCUAUUUACCGAGAUUGUUCAAUGUGUUACUGGGCCCCUACACAUUUCACUGGUGCUGUUUUGUAUUGAAGACACAGGUCAUCUUGGCUAUGUGGUGCUCUUCUGUGUGCGUUACAGGGCAGCUAAAGGUAUUACCUCUUGUUGAUAACACUCUGAACAACUUUACCUCAGCCAUAGAGUUUAGAAGGAUGUUAUUCUAUCUCACUAGGUGGUUUAAAGCUCAGUACGGGUCAACUGUAGAGAGGCAGCUCAAGGUAGUAUUGGAUUGCAAACCGUCCGAAGGUUCCAGUUUGGUCCAUGUCAUAGCUAUUUUAGCCUGGAGAUGUGGGAUGGAAUCCGUGACCCUUAACCACUUCUCCCAGCCACGGGCUGACAUUGAUAUGAAUUACAGUAUUAGCUUAGGGAGAGCAAACACAAUUUUGACCUACCCAAAGGAUGAGAGUGCAGCAGGGCCCUAUAUCACAAUAGUUCAGGAGUUUAAGGAUUAUCACAAUGGUGGAGGUGAUUGUAUUGGCCUGCAGCGUAUGUGCACUAGCACAGAGUAUCACAGUUACAUAUAAUCUGUAUAAGAGCUGUGUAUUCUUCCCUACCAUCUGCUGUUACCUGUCACAACUGUUAAGGUUCACGCCUGCUGCACACAAUCAACCGAAGAGCUGUGUAAUGGUGCUAUUAUCUGCUGAUAACAUAGGCUCCUGGGUGAUUGUACACACGUGUCUGUAUUGGGGGAAGAGCCUAUGUAUUUGUUUUACAUAUUAUGCUUGUUACUGUGUACAUCUUGCUAUACCUUUUUUUUUGUUCAUUAAACUGUCUCCUGAGAAAGUAUGUAUAUAUAUAUAUGGGUGUGAAUAUCAUAUAGCAAAUGGACCUGUGUUGAAUAUUCCACCAGACCGAGCUCUAAACUAUUUGCUACAUUCAAGCUGUAUAUGCAAUAACUAAAACAUUCCACAAUAGAAUUGUCUGAUCUGGUUUACAGCUAUUAGUGUUGAGUACCCGGUGGUACCCUCCUGUGUUCAGAUGGCUGUAUACCUAUUUAUAAAAUUAUUACUACUAGGAUAGAGUGACACAAAGUACACAUCUUGCUUUUGGAAACACUGUA